AUGGUCCCUUUGGGCUUGCUACUAUCAGGUGGCCCCGAAUAUUUGAGGUACCCACAAAGAGGACCAGAAUGUUGUGACUAUGGUUUCUGGGCUACCAAGGAAGACUAUGAUAAGCUCCAUGGUCUUAGUGAGACGACGGCCCAGAUUCAUGAGUUUUGGUCACACAGCUGGCAAACAAAACUAUGGCUCAAGUACUUGUGCGUGCUCUUCCUGAACAAUGGCUUGCCGGCCUUCAUAGUCGGCUCUCUUAUGGCCAUGGUGGUCUUCACCAUAUAUGCGACCCUGUAUUGGCCCAAAAUCAGAGUUCUGCGGAGAUUGUGCGUGCCUGCCGGGGCAUUGGGCUAUUACUUGGCGCUGGUGCUGUGGCGGCGGCGGAAGCGGGUGUUCCUGGACAUCGCUUGCGUCAACCAAAGCGAUGACACACUCAAGGCACCAGUUCACAGGUGGUGCGUGUUCGAGAUAGCCGCAUUUCUGCAUUGCCAAGCGACCGAUGCUGAGAAGAGUCUGGUGAUCUGCCCAAUUUUUACCGGCCCGGUCCUCCUCAUCGGGAAUUUGGGCCUCAGCAUUCUCGCAAUCAUCUUCAUGGCAAUCGAUGUACCGCUUUGGCCGUGGGGCGUCGUGCUCAUUAGUGCUCUUGCCACCCCAUGUUUGUUUCUUAUGGCGUACUUGCUUCUUCUGCACUGUCGCAGCAUCGACAUCAUGCAGCGGCAAGUCGCUCACUUCACAAUCGAAGAUGCCAAGUCGCACUGUUGUACUUGUGGUCACAUCGGUGCCGACGGAGAGAGAAUCAUAUGUGACCGUAGCGUCAUUCUUCGGUGCAUCUCGACUUGGUUCGGCUCCCCUGAGCAGUUCGAAAGCAUCGUGCGCACCAGGGUGCGGAGGGCAAUGGCUCAUCAGCUGGCCAACAAUGCCUUCUCAUACUGGCGCGUAGUACAGGCGACCUGCCCGAUUCCGUGGAUCUUUAUCGACUUUCUGCUGCAGUGGAAAGGGAGGCGUGCCAAGAUUGCUAGAUUUUACAUGUUCGUCAAACUGCCGUUGUACUGGCUGCUGGUACUGCCCAGCAUAGUGCAGGUGGCCUUGCGCUUGGCGUACCGAUCACGCCAAGCAAGCAAAAGCACUCGAGGCCACAUACUUCUUUCCAUGGCACUCCUAGUGCUUGCUGCUCUCAUGUUUGCGAUGUUCUUUGCCAUAGAGCACGUUCUGCUUCCUGAGCUGCUGGGUGAUGAGAUAUACUCGGCACUGACCCUGCUCGGCAUUAUGGGCGUGGUGACCCCACUGUUGUGGUGCUGCUUGCCAAUGAUGGGCACUGCCACCAUCGACCCACCAGAAGACGCGGGGGGUUCGGCAGAUGUCGCUGACUAA